AUGGUCUUAAAUAUCAAAAGAGCGUCGUCAUUCGAGGGAGUCACGAAUCACUUCGAGGACAUUUUGAAACCGUUCGAUCAUCAGGUUGGUGGCCACACGCCGUUCACGUCAUUCAACAAUGGUCAUCUACUCAAGCCAUGCGAUGAACGCGAGCUCAUAUUCUAUCAGGUGAUGCCCUCGUGUUUGAAAAAGAUCUCGCCAAAGUGCUGCACGACAAUUCAAGGUCCAAUUGUUAGCAACACCCACGAUUGUUGUCCGCAAUGUAAAACGCAACAAUUUGAGAAUGUUGUGAUUCCGGAGAGUAUCGAAGGCUCCCCAAUUCUGAAUAAAAGAAAAUUGUCAAAGAACUUCAUAGUGAUAUCUGAUUUGACUUAUGGAAUGAAGUGCCCUAGGAUACUAGAUUUGAAAUUGGGAACCCGUCAGCAUGGAGAUCACGCAUCAACAGCGAAAGUCGCCUGUAUGACGGCUAAAUGCCAAUCAACCACGUCCGCAAAUUUAGGAAUUCGUUUGUGCGGCAUGAAGCUGAUUAGUCCCGGGAAACACGUGCUCAUCGACAAAUAUGAAGGAAGAUCGAUGAGCGAACAACGACUUGCCGAAGAAAUCCGAUCAUUCUUCGAUGUUUCUCCUGAAAUCGUCGAGGCAGCUCGAAGGAAAAUGAAGCGAAUUAGGGAGGUGUUGUGCGAAUCGGACGGAGUUCGACUUUUUGGAGCUUCUCUUUUAAUAGUGAUAGAAGGAGAUCCGCAUGUUGAAGGCGUCCCACCAGAGAAUCUUGUUCGAAUCCGAGUCGUCGACUUUGCCAACGCCACUUUUCCGGGUUUCCUAGGCGACAAUUUGUAUGAAGGAAUUGAUGAUGGAUCGAUUUUGGGUCUCGACACGAUCGAGAGAUUCCUCAUGUAA